AUUAUUGUCAAGGAUUUGCUUUCCGUUUUGAACGGAUGAUAUUUAUUACGCUUUCCAGCUGAAGAAAAAUGACCAAUUAAAAUACGACAGAAUUGUAGGGGAAGUGGGGUGUUUUUUUUUUUUCUUUAGUUUUUCCUUGCCCUUGACGCAGGGGUGGCCGCACAGUGGUCAGCCCCACCUCUGCAUAUUGGAGUCACCAAAACAAGUCUGGUAACUUGAGUUUGUCAACUAUUCCAACUAUACUAUACAAUAUGUGUUUAUUAAUCUGCCUCUUUCAUAACAGCUGCAGCUGUAACAAAGCGCUUUGUGGAGAUGAGAUAAAUCGGUAGCUGCAGCUCUAAAAUGGAACAUUUUUAACCGAAUCCAUGCGAUCGGUGUCAGUCGAUCACACACAUAGAUAAUCGGUAUCGGCAGCUCAAAAACCUUGAUGGCAACAUCCCAAGUGUGUGAUGAACUAAAUAUUCGAGGUUAAGCGUGAAUAGCAAUCCACUCUUUUAAUUGUUUUUUUGUUAACUGUUAUGUGGAGUGUGCAUAAAUUUCAGGAUUUCUCCUUCACCACUCUGCGUUUCUCGUGUCCCUCUCUAGUUGCGAUGGUGAAUAGCAGGGUGGAGGUGCCCACAGUGGCCGUCGUGGGGGGUUCAGCAGGUCGCUCGUGCGCGGGAUGCGGAGGUCGAAUUGCAGAUCGCUUCCUCCUUUUCUCCAUGGAGCAGUACUGGCACACGCGCUGCCUCAAGUGCUCCUGCUGCCACGCUCAGCUGGGCGAGUACAGCAGCACCUGCUACAGCAAAGGAGGGAUGAUCCUCUGCAAAAACGACUACAUCAGGCUGUUUGGACACAGCGGCGCUUGCAGUGCAUGCGGACAGGCGAUCCCUGCGAGUGAGAUGGUGAUGCGGGCGCAAGGAAACGUUUACCACCUGAAGUGUUUCAUUUGUGCAACGUGUCGGAACCGCCUGGUCCCCGGCGAUCGCUUUCACUACAUCGACGGAACGAUCUUCUGUGAACAUGAUCGUCCAGGAGGCGGACUCCUCAGCGGGCACCCAACACAAAUGCAAGCCAAUGGCAUGAUGUCCGAUCAGAAGGUCUGCUGAGAAAUUGGAUGGGAAACCCUGAGCGUCUCCUCCCUUGGGCUCUUCUCUCUGCCUCCUUUUGUAAAGCGGCUCGUCACUCUUUCCGUGAUGAGAGAAGGCCGAAUUGUUGCUUCAUUUGAGGGAGCGGGACACGAAUGACGCUUUGAAACACCAGACGGGCUGCUGUUUCUUACGAACGAACUGUGGCAGCAAUGUUCUGGAGAUCAGGCCUGGCAAAAAGGAAGGAAAUGGACAUUGAUAUUUCAUUGCGGUGAUUCCAGUAGAAACCCGGCUGUCCUUUGCCCGCUCUUCCCGAACAGUUGGAUACUAAAUCUGCAGGUAACACUGUGUUUGUGUGUUAAACAGUAAAAAGCCACAAUUCUGUGUUUUCUCCGUGGGUCAAGUAUUCAUCUUAAUUAGAGUGGAAAGUGGUGGUGGUGGUGGGGGUUCUAUCGCCGUGUUUAUACUACUCACAGAAUAGGCUCCAACGCUUUUUAUGUCUUAUUUUUUCGGGUUAAAUAUUGUAGCGACGUACAGGUGUGUCCGAGUGCGUUGUGUUUAAGACUAGUGACGACGCACGGCAGGGUAUCUUGUGUUGGGUGCUGUUGGAGGAGAGUGGCCUUCUUUCCUCCGCUUGUUCGUUGAUUUCCGCAGAUUGGUUCACAAAAACAA